AUGAUUCAGGCGCUGACUUUAAGCCAUAGCUCAUGGAGCUCAGUGUUGGCGGCAAGGCACAAGCUUUACUGCUGCUCUAACGGAGCGGCAAACAGGGAUGCCAAGGUGAAACUGCGGGCUGCUCCAUGGAGUUGUGGCGUGGUGGGUAGCACGAUGAUAAUCUACUUGGGUGGAUUACACGUUCCGCUCAGCUACAGCGGCCUUUCUAUCGUCUCAACUAUGCUAAGCAGGGACUGUGGGCUUGAUCCCCAGGUGAAGAGUGCUGAAUUGUGCGGGGCGGUCUGGCUUAUUGAGUCGAGCAUCAGGCAGUUUGAUACUAGACUGACGUGUAUGAGCUUUGAUCAGAUGCUAAGCGGACGUAGAGGCUGUCUCCUUGCAGCCGUGAUUGCUCUCUCUAGCGUCAUCCUUUGGGCUCUAGCUAAGCCUGGCACGUCGGUAUAUCUCGAAAAUAACCACUACGAUCCGGCGCUGAAGGAGCUUCUGGCCAGUGGUGGCGUCUCUCUAUGUGCCACCGUCGCUGUCUGUUGUGGCAUCACCCCUUUGCUCGAGGAAUUCGUAUACCGGGGAUUUGUCCUCACGUCUCUGGCUGCGUAUGCAUCUCCUCCGUGGGCCAUUAUCACCAGCUCGUUGAUUUUCUCUCUGGUUCACUUCAAGGCACCUGAAGAGACGCUAGUGCUGUUUGUUUUCGGCUGCAUUCUGGGAACCGUGUAUGCAAAGACUGGAGACUUGGGUGCUUGCCUGGGAAUUCACUCGCUCUACAAUUUAUUCAUCGUAUAUUACACACUCGUGGCGUGA